GGGCAGGUCCAAGUGCCUGAGAUGCUCCUGCCACUGCUCUUAGCCGUGCUGUGGGCCGGGUCAUGGGCUCAGCAUCCAGCUUUCCAGCUGCAGGUGCAGGAGUUGGUGAGGGUGCAGGAAGGCCUGUGCGUGGUCGUGCCCUGCUCCGUCUCCUAUCCCGUGAUAGGUUGGAUUCCCUCCACCCCAGCUUACGGCUUCUGGUUCAAAGACCCGACCGACACAGACAGUGGUCUGCCAGUGGCCACAAACAAGCCGGGUCAAGGCGUGCAAACACACACCCGAGGCCGAUUCCAGCUCCUUGGCAACGCCACACAGAAUUGCUCUUUGCUCAUCAGAGAUGUACACAUGGAGGACAGUGCAUCGUACUUCUUUCGGUUGGAGAGAGGCCAUUACGUCCGAUACAAUUUCAUGGAAUACAAGUUCCGUCUGGAGGUGACAGCCCUGACUCAGAAGCCAGAGAUCUACAUCCCAGAGACUCUGAAGCCUGGGCACCAGGUGACGCUCAUCUGUAUGUUUGACUGGACCUUUGAGGAAUGUCCAGCCCCUACUCUCUCCUGGAGGGGGGCCACCGUCUCCUCCCACAAGGCCAGACCAAGAACUUCCUACCUCUCAGCCCUCACCUUCACACCCAGACCCCAGGACCACGGCACUAAGCUCACCUGUCGAGUGGACGUCUCCAGAAAGGGACUGAGCACAGAGAACACCGUCCUACUGAGCGUGGCCUAUGCCCCCAAAGACCUGGUUAUCAGCACUUCCCAGACCAAUGUAUCAGACCUGGAGCCGCAGGGAAACAGCCCCCAUCUGCAAGUCCAGAAAGGCCAGUUCCUGCGGCUGCUCUGUACAGCUGACAGCAUGCCGCUUGCCACACUGAGCUGGGCCCUGCAGGACAGAGUCCUCUCUUGGUCCCAUCCCUCGGGCUCCAGAACCCUGGAGCUGGUACUGCCCCGGGUGAAGGCUGAGGAUGCGGGUCGCUACACCUGCCAAGCUGAAAACAGGCUUGGCUCUCAGAGCCGCAGCCUGGAACUCUCGGUGCUGUAUGCCCCAGAGAACCUGAAAGUGAUGGUCUCCCAAGGAAAUAGGACAGUCCUGGAAAACUUCAGAAAUGGCACAUCUCUUCCGGUCCUGGAAGGCCAAAGCCUGCGUCUGCUCUGUGUCGCUCACAGCAACCCCCCAGCCCGGCUGAGCUGGGCCCGAGGGGGACAGACUCUGAGCCCCUCCCAGCCCUCAGAUCCUGGGGUCCUGGAGCUGCCUCAGAUACAAACAGAGCAUGAAGGAGAAUUCACCUGCCGAGCUCAGAACCCCCUGGGCUCCCAAAAUACCUCUCUGAGCCUCUCCGUGGUCUACCCCCCGCAGCUGCUGGGGCCCUCCUGCUCCCAGGAGGAGGAGGGUCUGCACUGCGACUGUUCCUCCCGAGCUCAGCCGGCCCCCUCCCUGCGCUGGCGGCUGGGGGAGGGGCUGCUGGAGGGGAAUUUCAGCAGCGCCUCCUUCAAGGUCACCUCCAGCUCGGCUGGGCCCUGGGCCAACAGCUCCCUGAGCCUCCGCGAGGGGCUCAGCUCUGGCCUCAGACUCAGCUGCGAGGCCCUGAACGGCCACGGGGCCCAGAGCGCCACUGUCCUGCUGCUGCCAGAUGAGAAGGGAUUCGCCUCCAAAGCGUUCUCCAGCGGAAUAUUUCUAGGAAUUGGCCUCAUGACCCUCCUUUGCCUCUGCCUCAUCCUGAUCAUCGUGAGGGCUCUGAGGAAGAAGUGGACCCAAGCAGAGGUUCCGGCCCCGGCCCCGGGAGAGACUCCGAGGUCCAGGGUCUCUCGGAGGAGCACGCUCCUGGAUUACAUCAACGUGGUCCCUAAAACUGGCCCCCUGGCUCAGAAACAGAAAGCCAAACCAAGCAGUCCUUCCUGGGCCCCCCCGGAACCCAGAAAGAACCAGAAGGAGCUCCAUCUUGUUUCCCACAAUUGUCCAGGACCCAAAUCAUCCACUCAAGUCCCAGAAUCAGGGAACAACCAGGAGGAGAUCCAUUAUGCUGUCCUCAACUUCCCAGGCCUCAGACCAUGGGACACCCAGAGGCCCAAGGAUACUCACCCAGAGUAUGCUGAAAUCCAGUUCCACUGA